AUGGGUGUUCCCUUCGAAGCCCUUCUCCCGUAUGGGAUCAUCAUUGCGAUGUUCGGCGUCACUGGGUUCGGAUUGUCGACGGUGAAGUACUACUCAAACGGAAGAAAAAACCCAAGACGGGGCAUCGAUACGUGGGAUAAGUAUGUACACGGAAAAGCCAUGCGGCCAGGCAGCAAAAACUGA